AUGCUGAGAAACUCGCUUCUCGAUGAUGAUGAUGAUAAUCCAUCGAAAUAUGAUGAACACUUUUGGUCUCAUGUGCCCGUACUUCCGAAACCGUGCAUGCAUUGUCAACGAACAUCAAUAGCUACGACCCUUUUUGGCAGCGAAACUGGUCGACCAUCGAUGAUAUCACCUUUAGAUAUUAUCGAUCAAAUCACAUCGAUUAUGAGUUCUACACCAGGAAACUCCAGUCCAAAGAUGUCCAGAACUUCUCAUGGUCUUGUUUGUUUAUGGUGCUCCAAAGGUUAUCAUCAUUCGUGCUGGGAAAAUCUUGCUACUCAAGAUGACAAGAUCAAAUGUGACUAUGGAAUAUUUCGAAAUAUUAUUGUUCGAUCGCAAUGGCUCAGUCGUUCCACCGAAUAUCCAACUGGCUUCAGAGUUCUACUGCCUUCGCAUUUAGCUCAUAGCAAUGCCAAAUCGAACUCUUUUCCGUAUACACCCGUUCUUGUCUUUAUAAACAAACGUUCUGGUGGUCAAAUGGGCGAGAAAAUCUAUCGAGAACUGUUACAAAAGCUCAAUCCACGUCAAGUAUUUCUUCUAGAAAACAAUGCUACCAUCACCCAAGCUCUUGACAUCUAUUCUACGCUACCAAAUAUUCGUAUUUGCGUGUUUGGUGGUGAUGGGACGGUCGGUUGGGUUCUUGGUCGUCUAGCCGAGGCAUAUCCAUUCAGAAAUAAUCCACCGGUGAGUAUUUGCCCUUUAGGAACAGGCAACGAUCUUUCACGUGUAUUGGCUUGGGGCGAACAAUACGAUCCGAAACGUCUUUCUUAUACACUCCUACAAACUCCUCAAGCUAAAGUGGUUGCACUCGAUCGUUGGCAAGUUCAGCUUGAACAAGUCGAUGUGACAAAUUUGACAUCAUCGACACAACAACAUCGCGAGAGUGGCUUUGAAAUUGGUGGAAUAUUUGAACCGUUAAUCAGACAUCCAAAAUUCGUUCGCGAAAGCAAUCGAGCCUCCUAUGAGAACUAUCACAAUUUACCGAAUACACGAUUUAUCAAUUAUAUGAGUUUCGGGUUAGACGCAGCCGUUACUCUCAAUUUUCAUGAUCAACGCACACGUGAUCCAUCGAAAUUUUCGUCACCAUUAAAAAAUAAGCUCAUGUAUUUGAACGAAAGUGGCAAAUAUUUGAAUGAUUUUGUUCUGGCAAAUAUGUGGAAUCUGGGCUCUUAUAUUCGUUUGAUAUGCGACGGCCAAAAUCUGACUCAUAUCAUACGUAAUUGUCAUUCCCUGGUCGUACUCAACAUUCCAGGCUAUGCAUCUGGUACGACUCCGUGGGGAAAAUCUUCAUCAAAAAGUUCAACAAUCGACAAUACCAAUCAAUCGUCGGACCAAGAAACCUUUGAAUCAACCACUUUGAACGAUUGUGCUACAGAACAAACAGCGAGUUCAUUGACGACGACAACAGCCUCAACCGGCCAUUUUGAACGACAAGAUUUUGGUGAUCGAAAAAUCGAAGUUGUUGGAUUGAGUACUAAACGUAUGGCUGCAAUCCAUGUUGGAUUUAGUGGCCGUCGAAUCGCUCAAUGUAAUCGAUUGCGGAUCGAACUUUGCUGUCCAAUGACAGCACAAAUGGAUGGUGAACCGUUCUAUCUGCCGGCUUCGGUAGCUAUCAAUAUUAGUCAUGCUGGCCAAGUACUUGUGUUAAAAAAUGAGAACAAAUAG